UACGCAUACCGCCUAAAGUCGCAAAAUAAAUCGUAUUUUAACUUUAUAAUGCAUAUAAACAUGAUUCAUAUAAACAUGAUGCUGAAUAGUCGCGCAAUGUUUUGCUUUAACUGCCGAGCUGCAGCCUGUCUGUCAGAUCAGCUGAUCGCCUCAUCGCAAGGACCAAAACAGCUAACGCUAGCUCAACGUAGCCGGUGGUUAAAGUUAUGACAAGCCAUGCCGGUAUAAUACUGUACGAUACGGUAGGAUAUUGACCAGAAGCAUGUUUAAAACUGUUCUUUGGCGGUGUAUCGUAAAGAUAACCCCGUGUUUGUUUAGGAGACGUCGCUGCCUCGUUUAGCUAGUUAGCUGUCGUUGCUAACCUGCGUCAGAAGCUAACAGGCUAACUCACCUAAAUAUGCAGGUACCAUUAGCUACAGUUAGCGAGUUAUUAUUAGCCGCUUUGGCCUAAUAUCUAGAGGGUGCUUUUACGGGACAUAGACUGAGCAUUAUGUAUAAAACGACGGUUGUGUUAACGCGUUAAUGUGACAAUGUAAUUAACGCUAUGAAUCAGAUUGCCUGAGUUAAGGGUUUGUUGGUUGUUAGCUUCCUGUAAGCUAGCAUAACCGGUACAGUAAACGUUAGCGUUGACACUGUCAGGUUCAGUAAUCUGAUAUUUUUAUAGUACAUAAUUAACAGGGUUCCCGCGGAUCCUUACAAAACUUAAAAGGGCAUUGCAUUUACUAAUCUAAAGAUGAGGACAUGGGAAGUGGGAUUUUAUGAAUCACCUGUUUUUUUUAAUGUUACAUGGUAAAAUCAAAGGUAACGUCUAUUUUUAUUUUAUUUUUGUCAAAUAAUCAAAUAAAGUCUUUAUUUGAACUAAUUUUAAUGCGUUUCCAGGCAGUGGAGUCUCCUAUGCAGACUGAGAAACACAAAAUCGCCAAGAAAACAGGCCAGAAAUGCCAGAUAUUUCCCACUUUUAGUAAACCUAAUCGAUGCUUUUAUGACAAUAUUAUGUGUUCAUUCUCUUACACGAGUUUCACUCCAAAAAUGAUUUUUUUUUUCAGCAUUUGACGUAGAUAAUCUAACUUUAUCACUGGAAGAAAAAAAGACAUGUUUCAUGUUAUGGUAAACAUUUAGGCAAAAUGUCAGUUUUUGUUAUUAGAAAUUUGGUCUUAAGUUUUAUUUCAAGUGGCAUUAAAAGUCCUAAAGAGUAUUAAAUCUAGGAGCCUUAAGCUGCAGGAACUAAUCUUAAAAAGGAAUUAAUCUUAAAAACAGCUCUUGUGUCAACAUCUUUGAUUCAGCUACAUCUAAGAUUAAAAUCAGAUUAAAUCUAGUGAAUCAUAGCCAUUCGUCUACAAAGUAUUACCCCCUAGUUAACCGUCACUUACUAAAAUAAUGGCACUUGACAGUAGGCAGCAGAUUUUCACAAGUAGUCACACAACUAUCUAAAAACAACCAGGCAGAGAAAGUCAAGUCUGAUUGGCCAUGUGCUCUUUUUCUUUGUGCACUUUUUCUUUCCAGAUCCUGGCCUUGGUAAGGAAUUGAGAGCAUCUGGCCACCAACCAGAUUGAAAGCGCUGACUGGAGAAUAAUUAUGUCUUAUCUCUGAGAAUGGGAGGAAGUGGAUCCAAAGCCAAAGGUGUGUGGCCUUUCUCAGGCAGUGGAGCAGGAGGGGAUACAGGCAGCGAUGGGAACGAGCAGACUGUGGCCCGUCUCAAAGGCUCCAGAAAUGCAACACCGUUUGUUUUUACCAGGAGGAGUUCUUUGUACUAUGACGAGGACGGUGACCUCGCCCAUGAGUUCUACGAGGAGACGGUGGUGACAAAAAAUGGCAGAAAAAAGUCCAAGUUGAAGAGGAUUCAGAAAAAUCUGAUCCCACAGGGAAUCGUGAAGCUUGACCACCCCUGUAUACAUGUAGAUUUUCCUGUCGUCCUCUGUGAGGUGUGAAAAGUUGUGCGGGACUGAUGUACUAUGAAGUUCAGCCACAGGUACUCUUCCUCAGAGCAAAGUCUUGUCCCAGUGUCCGAACAUUACAGUCAAGACUGGAGCUGUGGACUGAGAAGAAAAGGAAAAUUCAAACUGUCAUAGAAAAACUGAUAUAUUGAAUGAAAUGUUAUACAUUUGAAUUCAACUAUGGUCAGAGCGUGCCCUGUUCACAAAAAUUCAUAUUUUGAUAUUCACAAAAGUAGUGUUGGUACAGAUUGUGUGUCCAAUACCCAGCUGAUAUGUAAGCAGUCUUAGAGAAUACAGCUGUAUUUCUCUCGUCAGUUUUUCUGCAGGGAAAAACAUCCUUGAUGUGAAAAGGCUUUAACAGUUUAUGCCUUCUGUGAGACGUAGAGUGAAACUGUGCGUGUCUUUGUAUGUGUACAUGUGUGCACUUAGGCCUGUUUGAGUGAGUGUCUGUGAGAGGGGGCUGAAGAUGUAGUUACAGGGUAGAAAGAUGAAGGAUUGUGAAAUUUAUUGUAUAUAUGGUCAUUUUCUGUAUUGUUACGUCUGAGUCUGUCUCAGUAACCGGAGCUCAGACCUGCACUAGUGAACAUUAUGUACUGUAAAUAAUAUCAGAUUUCUUAGUUGGAAAUACUUGAAUAAAUGGUUUACUGAGGUGAA